AUGGCCGAGUUUGACGUCUACGAGUCUCUCGAGACUCAACAUCAGUUUUGGGAAGAACUUGACGACGUCGUCACGACCCAAUAUCAGUCACACGAUUUAAUCGACGAAACCCUACGAGCUUGGCUAUAUCUCACUUCGAGAUUCCGAGAAAAGUUCCCCGAAACCGAGGACGAUGUCGCCGUCUGCUGCGAAAAGUUACUGCAGUGCCAGCUGUUUCGAGACAACAAGGACUACAUCCGCACCCAAAUCAUCUACAGUUUGCUGCAGGAGGAUGACCCAGCAUCGCUUCACGUUAUCGUACUCUUUCUGCUGCUCGAUGGCCAUGCCGAUGAGUCUACAUACUCCCGCAUGAUCGAGGAAGCGUGUUUCCCUCGCCUCCUCGAGCUGAUCAACGGUCGCAAAGAUCAGGAUCUGAGGCUGCAUCGUCUGCUUCUUGAGCUCAUGUAUGAAAUGUCACGAAUCGAACGCUUGCGCACCGCCGACUUACUCCAGGUCGAUGACGGCUUCAUCGCCUACCUUUUCCAGAUAAUCGAGGAGCUCUCCAAUGACGUUCACGACCCGUACCACUACCCUAUUAUUCGCGUGCUGUUGGUACUGAACGAACAAUACAUGCUCGCUUCUACCGACGUUGCCGCCGAUCCUACGUCCCCCACCGCCCCCCUUACGAACAGGGUCAUCAAGUGUCUAAGUCUACACGGUGACUCGUUUCGCACAUUCGGAGAGAAUAUCAUUUUGCUGCUGAAUCGCGAAACCGAGACGUCGCUGCAGCUACUGAUUCUCAAACUUUUAUAUCUCUUAUUUACAACCAAAGCCACAUACGAAUACUUUUACACGAACGACCUCAAGGUUCUCCUUGACGUUAUCAUUAGGAACCUCAUGGACUUGCCGGAUGAGAAGAUAUCGCUUCGUCACACAUACCUCCGAGUCCUGUACCCGCUUCUGGCGCAUACGCAGCUGAGCCGCCCGCCGCACUACAAACGCGACGAGGUCCUCAAGGUCUUGAGGAUCCUGGGCGGUUUUGGCAACUCCCACUUUGCGCCCGCUGAUGAAACUACAGUGAGGUUGGUUGAUCGCGUCUCCAAAGUGAAAUGGCUUAUCGACCAGGAGCCUUCUGGCGAGGCUGAAGUGGCGAGGAAGUUCCUGGGCAUCAGUCUAUCUCGCUCGCAGACGGCAAGCAGCGUUAGCGUGGUUGAUGUCGCGGCCGUCAUGGAGAAACCCGGUGUCAUCACUCCGAGUCGGAAAGCCGAAGCAGAAGCGGAAGCCAAGCAGGGAGAAGAAAAUGCCGGGCGAGUCGCAGUGCGGGCGAAGAAACCCCUGCCCGAAGUACCAAAACAUCGACACGGUAUUCCUGUCGGACCGACGUCGACGUCGACGUUGCAUUUGAAUGGACAUAGGAAGAUACCACCUAAAGCACCACCACCACGGCGGAGGACGAGGCUCAAACCCGUCGAAUCUGUGGCGGACGAUGCUCCCACGCCCCAAGUUUGA